GAGUUUCGUGCGGUGAUACGCAGACAGGAGUGGGGUGUCCCGUUGGUGACGUGCAGAUCCAAAUAAGAAGGUCUGACUGGUCGGUUGGCUCGUUCAUUCUUGUAAUGUGCGACAUGCAUCUAACCACAUGCUCAUCACUUAUCGUUGUCACCAACGCCAGCAUUACCCGACCGACAGCUUCUCCAUCGAACAAGCCCCGUGGACAGCUCAAGUUCUCAACAACCACUCCUUUCCGCAUGCACUCACAGACGAACCAACUUCCCAACCAACCGCUGCGAUAUACACGGGUAAUCAGCGGAUGCAGAUCACCAUGGAGAGUGCUAAGGACUCGUCAAAGUCGAGCAACAUGAAGGAAAUUCUUGCUCGACUGGGCGGUAUUUUCCCCAUGGAUGAAGAAGCUGUUUUGAAGCUUCUACCCAUGGGAACGAAGUUGAUCGUGGUUGAGAAAUUUGGAGUUAGUGCUUUCACAGCCACUGGUCGUAUCAAGGCCCUGGAGCCAACAGGUGGCCAGAAGGAGUAUUUCAUCAAGGUUGCCUAUGGUGAGCAAGGGCGGGUCAUGCUGAACGGGGAAGCCAUGUCGUCUCUGAUGAUCUACGACCUCAUGCCGGACUUCAUCCCGAAGCCCGUUGGAUUCGGCGCCUAUCAACAAGAGCAAGCUGCGUAUUUCUAUCUCUCCGAAUUCGUGGACAUGGAUGUGACCACCCCCCCAGAUCCCGUUGAAUGGACGAAACGGCUAGCCAACAUGCACAAACAAAGCCAAUCACCAACCGGACAGUUCGGCUUCCCUGUAAAAACCUGUGACGGCAAAACAGCUCACACGACUGACUGGGAAGAGAGCUGGGCCGUCUUUUACCGCACACUCUUCCUAGGAGUCUGCAAACGCGACAUCAAAGCCAACGGGUCGUGGCCUGAGUUGGAGCUCGCGGCAGAACAAAUCGCCAACGCCGUGAUCCCCCAACUUUUGGAUAACUUGAAGAUGUCAGAUGGUCAAAAGAUCAAGCCCUGCAUUAUCCAUGGUGACCUAUGGGAGGGCAACAUGGGGAUCAGCAAAGAGACCAACAAGUCCCUCCUCUUCGAUGCUGGAUCAUACUUUGCCCACAACGAGAUGGAACUUGGGCACUGGAGGUGCGAAUUCAGUACCGUGUUCCGUGACAAGAGCUACACGGAACACUACCAACAAAAUUACCCUCCUGCUGAGCCUGUGGAGGAGUUUGACGAUCGCAACCGGCUGUACAGCCUCAAAGGAGCCAUCGUUUAUUCCGCUGGCCACCCGCAGAGUUCCAUGAGAAAGACGGCGUACAACAAUAUGCUGUAUCUCAUUGAAAAGUACGCCCCACUGAACGGGGUAGACAAAUACGAUCCGAACAUCGACCCAUCCAUCACGGGGACAUGCAUCGUGCCCCAUCUUGCCGAGGGGUUCAUUUGAAUUGCUAAGCGUAUUUUCAAGCAUAGUUUAUGAAGAUAUAUGAGCAACAGUCAUCUACCACGAGCCUUUUGGAAAGGCAUAGUGU